GAAGUCUGCCUUGAAAAAAAUUUCCAUGUGCUGAUCGGACUGCCGUCGUUUCUCAUGAUUAGCAUUUUCCUCUCCGUACCCACCGCUUAUUUCUGAAUCUCAGAGUCGUCACGAUUCAUUAAGGACCGGAUCAGAUCUCAUUAUUUGUUUUAACGAGCGAGUUCAAUCGCGUGUGUCUUCGCCCCGUCGCUGUGUUUAUUCUGCAACUCACCGUGUUUUUCGACACUCCGCGCUCCUUAUCGACAUUAUCAACUCUUGUUAUCAGUAGAGAAUGCACCAUCCUCGAUGACUUCAUACAGCUUAGUUGAUCCGCCCAGAGGCGAUGAAGCCUCUCGGGAGCAAAAGAAGUCCGACUCCUCAUCAGGAUCUUCCUGUCGGGGUUGCUUGAAAAGAUGGAGUCUGAUCACGCUGUACGUCAUUUUGACGCUUCUUUUUCUAUUGUUUGUUGUCGUUCCAAUACUAUGGAAGACCUCAUACACCAUGCAACGGAUGUUCCUCUUCCUUAAUUUUGUUCGAUAUCCGUACAAUGUAGACUUGGCAAAGCCUUCACAAGCAGGCAUUAAAGGUGGCAUGAACUUUUACAUUGACACUGAGGAUGGUGCUCGGCUUGGCACUUGGCACAUUCUUCCGCAGCACUUGGCGGAAGAAGGGGAUAAAUUAUCAAAACUAGAGAAGAAAGACCGUUUUGAUGAAUGGGUCAGAAACGGGGACCCUGUAGUUCUUUAUAUGCAUGGCAACUCAGGAACACGAGCUGCCUCUCAUCGUGUUGAUCUCUAUGAAGUGUUCCAGAAACUGAAUUUCCAUGUAGUAGCUGUAGACUAUAGAACUUACGCAGACUCCAUUGGUGAAGAGUUAAGUGAGAAUACAACUGUGAUAGAUGGAAAAGCCGUUUUCAAAUACUUCCACCAAAGGGUCCAAAACGACAGGCUGUUUGUUUGGGGUCACUCCUUAGGAACAGGAGUAUCUAGUCAUUUUGUAUCAGAGUUGGAAGAAGAAGGUAUUCUUGCUGCUGGAUUGAUGUUGGAAGCUCCUUUCAAUAAUAUUCGUGAUGAAGUACGGGAGUUCCCACUAACACAGAUGUUCCGUUUUCUUCCCUACUUUGACUACUGCUUCUUGGACUCCCUCGCUGAUCAUGGUUUAUAUUUUGCAUCGGAUAAAAAUUUAUUAAAAACUACAGUUCCCAUAUUGAUCCUCCAUGCGGAAGAUGACACAAUUAUCCCAUUAAAAUUAGGAAAACUGUUACAUGAAGCUGUUCGAAAGAGAGGAGAUAAAUACAUCUCAGAGAUGAAGACUUUUCCUGCAAAGCAUCAUUACGGUCACAAAUUCAUUUGUCGAGCUCCUGAGCUACCAGAACUCAUUGAGAACUUCAAGACAGCAUCAAUGAAUAAUUUCAAGAAUAGAAUCAGCUAAUACUCAUCAAAAGCUCCAGAGCUUUUGAAGCAUUUGUCAAGACUGAGCCGGGAAGACAUAUUUGAUGGAUCAUCAUCCAUGCACCUAGUCAAAAAUUUUGUUUUGUUGCUAAGUUGUUAUGCUCUUCUUUCGGUGUCAAUAUUUUAGCUGUAAAAUUGGCCGUCGUGAUCACUCAUCCUUGUAAGACAUUCAUCAGUCUUUGGACUGAAAAAUAGAUGGCUGUUGGUAAUAGUCUCUCCGGCAGCAUUGUACUCCCCCUUCUCUUGUCAGGGGAAGUGAUAUGUCAGCGAUUAGAAGCUAAAGCCAUCCAAAAGUGCAAAUCUGAUAAUGCGAGGAACGGAAGUCCUUAAGUUACUACCUCCUUUCCCCGGGCCUUGCUCAUUUCUUUCUGACAUUGAUCACAUGAUUGGAGAGAGUUAUUUUGCAUUAUUAAAAGGGCAGCUUGCUUCUGGAAACCACUUAAUUAAUGCCUUGAUUUAGUUACCCUCAAAUAAUGAGAAAUGAGCAUUUCUAUUUUAAAAUCUUAUCAAAUUUGCGCAUUUGGAUAGUUGUCAUAAGAAACUGAGAAUUAUCUCAAUUAUCAUUUUUUGAUACGUUUUAGCAGCUGUUAUAUUUUCUGUUUGAUUUCAGUUCGCAUUGAAUGUGAUCAUUUGCUCAUCCUAGAUUUUUUUUUAAAAUUUCUAAAGAGCUUCUAUUUUUUAUUAAUUUCAUUCAUCAGAAAUCGACAAUAAUUGUGGCUGGUAAGAUCCUCAAAGAAUUUUCUAGAGCCAAAAAUGAAAAAAAAUAUAUAUUUUGUGAAAUUAAGAUUUCACAUUUCUCUAACAUCACUUUGCAACAGAUUGGGAGCUGCAUAAAAAGUCCUGAUCUGGCUCGCCUUCAUUUGUUCUCUGUGAUUUUUUCGGCGACCGGGGUAUGGAGAUGGUUUUAGUCCAGUGUUUUUAGUCAGUUAUUUAAAAAGGCGGACCUUCUUUGUGUGGUUCAGCUUGAUUGCCUCCAUUUAAAAAAAUGCCCUAAAUCUUGCAUCACUCUUUCUUUUGAGAGAAACUGUUUUUAACAAAAAUUUCACUCUGUUGCAGAAUCUUUAAAAUGAUGCAAAGUACAAUAAAAUAAAUUUUACUAAAAUCAGGAAAAAAAAAUUAUUUUGUCUAAAUAGGCUCGCAUUAAUCUUGUUGGAUCAUGUUUGAUCAACUAUGUAGCCAAGCAAACUGAGACAAGUAAGGAGAGAAGUAACAGUACAUUCGCUCCUAAUGAAAUAGGGUAAAAAUAAGAAAAACGCAUUUCAUUUAAGCCCGGCCAAAUGCACAUUCCUGUUAGAUCAGUGGAGUCUGGGCCUCCCUUAAGUCGGCAUUUUUUAUUUAAGGCGAUAGUCAGUCUCUUCUCAUGUAAAAUGAGAUUUUCUGUAAUUGUGAUGUGAGUACUUUAAUUAAACUGGCGUGCGCUUCAAGCCCCAGUGCAGGCCAUACUUUUAAAUUUUACGGUUUUGAGUUAAUUAUUUUUGUAAUUUUUUGUAUCAAAUAAACAGCUAGAAAAUGUUUUUAACACAGUUCACUUAAUAUUCUCAUGUGCUAUAUUAGAUAAUCAUGUUUUUUGACUUGUGAGGAUUCUUAUAGGAAGUUCUGCAAAAAUAGACCCGUGUAAGGUGUAGAAUGAACCAUUUACCUCACGAGUCAAAUUAAAUCAAAGCAAUAAUCAAUCAAAACUCUCAAGUUUGUUUGAAAAAGAAGAUCUACCUGUUACUCGCAUGGUUAAAAAUUGUUCUAAUUUGUAGCAUAGGGUCAAUAAAUUACAGAUUUUUUUUAUUUAAUUCAUAAGAAAAUUCAUAGUGAUUCAUGAGAAUACAGGUUUACACAAUUUUCUCCAGAAAACACUUUCCAUGUGUUGUACCUACAAAUUCUAGAAAUUGAUAAUUCUAUGUUUCAUUUUCUUUAAUUUUUCUGACUGUCGCACUUUAAUCCCACCACUCUCACAAUGAUUUACAUUUUUUUGAUGAUUGUGUCCCGGAAACUGAAAUUUAAAAAGCGGGCAACAAUUUUCUCUGUUUUCUCUUCCCGCACUGCUUUUCUGCACGCACGAGAAAUCCUUUUAAUGAUAUGUUACUAAAUUUUUAAACUUAAAAAACAAAUGUAUCAUCAUUUCGAGGCUCUUAAAACAACUACUCUCUCUGGGUGUGUUGCAAGAUCCCCUUAUCUCAUUUUAGGAUUCACAAAAAAACAAAGAAAUCUUUAUCGCUACUUGCAGACUUUGGUGCUAUGCCUUCCUCCUUUCUAAAGAAAACAGAAAUGAUUUUCAGACGAACCGUAGGAUAUGUAAGCCCAAUAGAAUGUUUGGGUGCAUUUAAAAAAUAAAAGUUUUCCUAUUUAGAUACAGCCCAUUCUCAAGGGAAUGCAGAGAACUAUGAUGUGAAAAUGUAGAAUGACCAAAAAAUUUAAGAAUUAAAAUCUUCGUCAUUUGCUGCCUUUGAUAAAGGUGUGAUUACCCAUGAAAUUAAAGUGAAUUUUUAUCUAAAGCAAUCUCUCAUGGCAAGUGAGCUAGUUGGAAUUUUCUGCACUCCUUAGUGCAGGAGUUGAAUCGUUUGUACACUGAAAUGUAGCUUUUAUGUUUUUGAUUUCCCAACAAUCUGUUACUUUGCGUUUACUUGUACCAUUUGUUAGUUUAAUAAAUUUUACAUUUUAUAUA